AUGGGUAAGCUUCUCAUGCAAGAAUUUAAAGAUUUCAUCUUUAUACAGGACAGGAUACGCUCGUUCUCUAUCUCGCUGGCGACGCAGAGAAUGCAGGCAAUAGACAGCAGAGAGGAAGGAACGACUUCCUUGUCGAACACCUCCGUCUCCUCCGUCCGCUUAGUCUACGAUCUGCAACUCACUCAAUCACCAAUUGUCCUGACAGCUCUAUCAGUCGAGCCGGAAUUCAGCUCACUCGAUCUCCUCUCAACUACCUCAACCGAUACGUCAGCCGGCCGAUUCACCGGUAGAAUCGGAGAAACGGAGUAA